UUAGGAAGAAAGCACGAUUUGCGCUAUGGCUUUCAUAAGGUUGCAGAUUGCGAGAGCUUUGAACAAUCUUUUUUAUGUAUACAGAAAUGUGUCGACUUAAAUUACGAUGUCGCUCAUGCGGACAAACAUUGUAAAUGUACAUGUUUCAUAAAAAAGGAUAAGGAAAAAUAUAAAUCCGUUUCUGCUGCGACGAGAACUCGCUGGCGAUCAGGUGCUCCGAAGACUUCGAUCCCGCCAUGGGCUGGAGGACAACCUGUAGUUGAGAAAGACACCGUCCUCGAAAUUAAUACCCUGAAUAGUAGCGAUGAAGAAGAACCAAAAAGUAAUAGCACUAACAGUUCUAAUGGUGAAGAAAUCUUGAAAGAUCAAGUUACCGGAGGCGAUGGUAGUAAUUCUACGGUUGCAACAGACAGUAGCACAAGUAUAGCAAAUGGGGAUGUUACUAAUGGUGCUAAUGAGGUUACAACUGAUACUUCAUCGUCUACGACAGUGGUAGAAGAAGAUGCUACAGAAGCGCCUUAAGAAUAAUUUCAUACUUA